AUGAGGCAAUACCCUGGCACGAAGAUCAUCCAGUGCACCAUGGGCCGCCAGAAACCAGUAAAGGCGGCGAUUAUCGUGUUCGGUGACAACGUGGAAGUCAUUCAUGACCCCCAAAUUGUCACCGAGAACGUGGCCGCCGUCUUCGUAAAGGCCGGCCGACUCGAGCUUGGCAUACUGUCCGUCUACUUCGAACCAAGGGACCAAGAUAUGGAACCAUAUCUCAGACAGGUGAGAACGGCUACCGCGAAGUUUCCCACACACCAUCACAUAGUGGCCGGUGACGUUAAUGCCUGGAGUCACUGGUGGGGCAGCAGCUCGGAAGACCAUCGCGGAGCACAACUCCACGGUUUUAUCACCGAAAUGGACCUCCACAUUCAUAACAGUGGCGAUGUGCCCACAUUCGAGACCUACAGAGGAGACAGGUUAUACUCGAGCUGCGUGGACUUGACCCUAACCAGUCAGUCCCUUCUCGCGAGACUAGAAACCUGGCAAGUGGAACGAAAUCUGAUCACAUCUGAUCACAACGCCAUAACGUUUAGUCUGCGCACUGAGGGGCCCUUAAAACCAUUGGUCCCAAUCUCGACGCGCAGAUACAACACCAAAAAGGCGCGAUGGACAGAUUUCUCCGCUACCCUAACAACUGGCCUCGCGGAAGAAAGCGUCACUCUGGAAGCCGUCCUAAAUGUCUCGAACAAGGACGAUCUCGAUGGAAUAAUCGCAAAAUACGUCGCGAUUAUUCACCGCACGUGCGAGAGUACCAUCCCGAAGAUAAAACCUUGGAAAGGCGACCCCCGACCGCCCUGGUGGUCGGUAGAGCUAGAUUCCCUGAAAAGGGAGCAACUAAGAGCAAAACGUCGCAUCAGAAAUGCUGCACCCCGCAGAAGGGCUGGCGUCAUCGAAGAAUACGUACGGGCCAAGGAAAAAUAUAAACAGGCAGCAGAAGAAGCAGCCACCCAGAGCUGGAAAGACUUCUGCACGGCACAGGACCGUGAAAGCGUGUGGGACGGCAUAUACAGAGUCAUCAGGAAGACCUCUCGUAGACACGAGGACGCAUUGCUAAGGAACGAAUCAGGCGAAACACUGUCACCAGAACAGUCGGCUAAACUCCUAGCAAAAACGUUCUACCCUGACGACUCUGUAGAGACCGAAACCGCCCAUCACAAACAGAUCCGAGAGGCCAUAGAAGGCAGAACUCCCGCGGAGUUAGAAGAUCUGUCCGACGACGACCCGCCGUUUACGGCCGCAGAGCUGGAACAGGUUCUUUUGAGCCAAAAUCCCAAAAAAGCUCCAGGCCCAGACGGGUUAACGUCGGAUAUAUGCGCGGCGGCAAUAAACUGCAACAGGGAGUUAUUCCUAGCGCUGGCGAACAAAUGCCUAUCGCUAUCCUACUUCCCCAAGCAGUGGAAGGUCGCCCACGUAUGCAUCCUCCGCAAACCAGCCAAAGAAGACUACACUCACCCGAAGUCCUAUAGACCUAUCGGACUCCUGUCGAUCCUAGGAAAGACAGUUGAGAAAAUGAUGGUGGGUAGACUUCAGUGGAGGCUCUUCCCUACGCUGCACCGAAGCCAGUACGGAUUCAUGCCACAGAGGGGAACGGAAGACGCCCUCUACGAUCUCGUCAGGCAUAUCAGGCAGGAAAUGGACUCUAAGAAGAUAGUACUUCUGGUAUCGCUUGACAUAGAGGGCGCUUUCGAUAAUGCAUGGUGGCCGGCUCUCAAAAAACAGCUGGUGGACAAGCAUUGCCCGAGAAACCUAUUUGCUAUGGUCGCCUCAUACCUCCAGGAUCGAAAGGUCAUUGUUAAUUACGCCAGAGCGACCAGUGAGAAGGAGACCACGAAGGGUUGCGUCCAAGGAUCCAUUGGCGGGCCAACCUUCUGGAACCUCAUACUGGAUUCGCUGCUGAGAAAGAUCAGCGAUAUGGGAGUGUAUUGCCAGGCCUUUGCGGACGAUGUGGUCCUCGUCUUCUCCAGCCAAAAAUCCGGCAACCUACAGGCCUCAGCCGAAACCACCUUAGCUGCCGUACAAGAGUGGGGUAUACAUAACAAACUGAGCUUCGCCGCGCAUAAGACCAACGCGAUGGUGCUCACUAAAAAGCUGAAAUACGAUACCCCCAUAAUCCAUAUGUCCGCUUGCGCGCGCGGCGAGAGUGACUUGGGGUCUGAACGGAGAGAUUGUACGGACCAUAUAUCUGGCGGUGAUAGAGCCCAUUGUUCUGUACGCAGCGAGCGUAUGGUCCUCUGCAGCAGAGAAGUUGACGACCUUCGUGUUCGAGAGGCGGCCAUACUAUUUGAGACCAAAAAGGGUUACAGCACGGACCUUCUUCCACCGGGAAGAGAGCUGGAGCGCAAGGUGGGACCAAUGCAAAACCCCCACCCUUCUCUACUCAUGACAACGGAGUACGAGCGCUUAGAGAGUCUGAACCCCGAAGUCCUUGAGGAACACAGCAUCGUCGGGCCUCUUAUCUUUACCGACGGAAGCAAGAUAGAGGUUCACCUUCAAUUUGAAGAUCCGUCACUUCGAGACUACGUACUCUACUCCAUAGUUGGAAACUUCAUCAGGGGCAAUUUCACACCGACCAGCUUCACAGAAAGACCGUGCAGGGACGAAGAGACUCUCCCCUACUUCGUGCCCAAACACACGAGGGCAGUUCGCUCCAAGCACAUCAAGACCACGUUUUACAAUGAUGAUUAUAGUUAUAGGACGAAGAGUGAUAGUGAAUUUGAUGAGUAUUUCUUUAAGCCGAGAUUCCGUAGUUACCCGCGAGUGGAACGGUCCUUGUAUAGGAAGUCGAAGUAUAGGUUUCUGCCUGUUAUGAUAAUAAGUGGACCGUUGGAAGGCAGGACUGGUGUGGUGCUAAAGUGGUCAUUGACUGAUGUGUCGCGGAUAGAAGAUCAGGAAACUAGUGUUGUUUUUAGGUUACGUUAUAGAAAAACAACGAGUGCCACCAUUUACCAAGUGUUCUUUACUAAAACUUUAAGAUUAGACUGUGCAAUACACGUACGAGCAAUGAGAUCGGGCCGCGUCCAUUCCGGUCACGUCCCAAAAACCCGCGGGUGCCGCCUAUUAUUCCCUCUGCCAUCACCGAAGAACGCGCUUCUCAUUGAUCUCCAUAAGUUAAACGUACCAUGUUCCAGUGGAUUUGUCAGAUUUGCACCAAAUUCACCAACGCUUUGUGGAAAGCUGGAGCAAAUCCCGGCUCCUAAUAGAAAACAUCUAUACUCGACUUGGGAAAACAAUCCGGAAUUAGAACUCCACGGCCGACCCACGUUCGCCGCGAUCUACCGUCUAGUGGACCAUUGUCAUGAUGUUCUUCUGACGGGAAGGAACGGCUCGUUCGAAGUCGGACCAACAACGAAGUUGUUCUGCUCCUACAAAAUUCACCUUCCAUAUGGCAAUCGAGUCGCCCUACGACUCCAAAUGGGAACCGGUCCAAUUGAAAGAAAGGAUUCAGAAAAUUCUAAUAUUAUACACGAAGACUUCCACACUUUUUGUAAAGGGAUGGAACUGAACUUAUUAGACGGGGAUUCGAGGUGGAAGCAUUGUUCGCAGCCUGGCGAUCCUCUACGUAGUGUUCAAAUAAUCUCCGAAAGAAAUUCAGUCCGACUUAAUAUUAGUAUUUUGGCUAAGAAAAACUCUUCGGCAAUGUGGCUGAAAGUAUGGUGGAUGGAUAAGCCGGUGGAAGAAAUUAUUGGUCACUGUGAUUACGGAUGGGUUGUUUCUGGAGAUUUUUGUAUAAUAGCCGUUAGAGAAGCUAAAAAAGCGUGGAGACAAGCCGAAAAUGAAUGUAUCAAAAUUGGUGGACAUCUCGCCAGCGUUUUGAAUGAGCGUCAGCAACAAAUAAUCGACCAGCUGCUUAUUCAUGCGCCGGGCGCUGGUACAGAUGACGUUUACUGGAUAGGCGCUACGGAUGCUCUACACGAGGGCGAGUUCCGGUGGUCAGACGGCUUACCCUUUUCCUACGCACACUGGUUUCCCGGCUGGCGCAAGCAUGCUAGUCAACCCAACGACGAUGGAACUUCAGGUCAAGACUGCGUGGAAGCGCGCCGAGAACUGCCUCCACGACCAGCGCACCCCACCUUCAUGUGGAACGACAGAAGCUGCAAAGAACACAAUUACUACGUUUGCGAAAGACCAGGCAUUGAAGAUCCGUACAAAGAAUCGAAAGUGCAAUGCAACGAGUCAAUAGUGUUAUCGCACUUGCAUCCUCACGCUACCAUCUCAAGCCCCGGCUUCCCUCGUCCGUACCCAGACGACGUUCACUGCAUCACUGAAAUACGAGCUCCACCAGCGCACACCAUCCGGCUCCACUUUGAAGAACUACUCACGGAGCAUGAACCACAUUGCAGCUACGAUUUCCUGGAAAUCAUCGAAUUUGGCCUUGAGAAUGCCACGGAGCCAGAUACUGAAGAAUGGGUCACACAUGAACACGGCUUUGGUUCUGAGAAUGAGAUAUGGGAAGAAUUAGAAACCCUGCUUCCUGAAUCGGACGCAGUGAGUGCAGGCUGGUCGCGAGACACGCACGCUACGCGAGCGCGUCGGCUCUGCGGCGACUGGAGCGGCAAGUUGAAACUCUUGCGGUACCAGUCACGCGGACAUUCGCUGCGGUUGCGUUUCCGAUCUGACCAUUCGCGACACUACGCUGGAUAUCGUGUGAAACUUACUCUAACUGAUACUCAAUCAUGUGUGGACGUAAAGCAGGUCCUCUUCAACGGCUACUGCUAUCUUUUUUCCGGCUACCCGCAGGCAUCUUGGACUACCGCGAAACAGGUAUGCGACGGAUUAAAUAUGCAACUAUCAUCCGUCCAUACGGCUGAAGAGGAAAGAUUCGUAGUAACAGGAAUCAGACAAAGUAGCGAUUACAGCGCUGGCUCUAUUUACUGGCUAGGGGCUCGUCUAGAUAACAACGCUGAACUGAGCUGGAUCGAUGGAACCACUCUAGAUUACCAUGCGUGGCCACCGUACAACGACACGGAGGAGAUCAAUGAAGCUUGUUUAGGUGUACAAUGGAAGACAUCCCCAGUUCCGUCUCAGCCGAGCGGCUUGUAUUGGACGAUGCACAAAUGUUCUGCAACUGGUGGCUACGUCUGCAAGCGUCGCCUCAUCUCUGAACACAUUCUUACCAAUACCACUGUUGAAGGAAAAUCAGGAGUGCUAAAGAGUCCAAAUCAUCCAAGCAUCUAUGACAACGACCUCGAUUACUGGGUUCACGUCAGGGGGCCCGCUGACACGCGUCUUGUGUUUGUCUUCCAAACGAUUGACUUGGAGUACCAAAAUGAUUGUCUGUAUGAUUUUAUUGAGUUACGUGAUCGUAAAGUCCAUUCGAAGUCAUCAAGGUACUGUGGAUCAGUCGGUGAGACGAGAUGGGUGGCCACGAGUAACGAAGCAGUUCUACACUUUCAUUCUGAUUAUAACACGCCAGGAUCUGGGUUUCUAGUAAAUUGGAGAGCAGUCGAACUGAACGGUUGUCCGUCACAAACAUUCACUUCCAAAGAAGGCAUCCUGCACAGCCCUAAUUAUCCAUAUUUUCUUUUACCUGAUUUGGAUUGUACCAUUGACAUUUUUGCACCUACGGGAAAAAGGAUAUUCUUAAACAUCAGCUAUUUUGAUUUCGGCUAUGGAACGUUCGAGAAUGGUGUACCGAUUAACGUAACUGAAGCUAUACCCGAGGACACGUAUUUGGAAAUUCAAGUAGACACACAAAGCGAUCCCAUAAGACCGUUUCUGGAUUCGAGAAUAAUAAAUAAUGGAAUUUUUGUAUCACGAGCCGAAGUUAUGCGAUUGAGGUUGAGAACUGGUGAAAAUGUUACUGGCGUUGGAUUUUUGGCACAUUUUAAAACAGUGUGGUGGGUGAACGUGUCGCACGUGGCGCGGCUGCACAACGCCAGCCGCGGCGCGCUGGCGGCGCCCAACUGGCCGGGCGCGGCGCCGGCGCGCGUGGCGCUCACCUCGCGCCUGCUGGCGCCGCUCGGCUGCACGCUGUCGGCCGCGGUCGCGCGCGCCGCGCUCGCGCCCGCCCGCGCGCGCUGGCCGUGCGGCCCGGGGAACGGCUGGAUCGAGGUAAAAGACAGCUACACGGAAAACAACGGAACUCAAUGGACGCUCUGCGAGAUUAGUAGAAGUAGAAGGAAGACUGAAACCAACACUCCUCUUGUUAUCAAUUCCUAUCUUCACUCCCUGAUCGUGUCUCAUCACACCGGUGACCACGGGAUGAAUAUGGAAGUCUCUCUCACAGUCAAUAUAGACGCCGAUUACCACAACAAAAUGCUACAUCUCCCCGAUGACACCAAUUUAGAAUCGUGCUACCCAAACCCUUGCUCGCACGGUGGCCGAUGCGCAACUGAAGAUUCGAGAAACUUCUGUCAGUGCUCGGGUUACUACACAGGUGUAUUCUGCUCGCUGACCGCCUGCGAGCGCUCGCCAUGCGCCUUCGGCAACUGCUCGCUGGCGGCGGAGGCGGGCGGCGGCUUCAGCUGCGCGUGCGCGCGCGGCUGGCGCGGCCGCCGCUGCUCGGAGCGCGUGCGGCCGUGCGCGGCGCGGCCCUGCAACCAGCGCGGCGCGUGCGUGGAGCGCGACGGCGCCUUCCUGUGCCAGUGCAACCCCUCGUGGAAGGGCAAGAGAUGCGAAAUCCCAAACCCGACACCGAACAUCGUGGGUCUCGGGACAAGAAUGAUGCAGGAGCCGUUUUGGCUCGGUCUGUUCGCGGUGUUCGUCGUCCUGGGCAUCAUCGGCCUCGUGUGGUGCGCCAAGAGACACUUCCCCGAAAAGAUCGAGAAACUCCUCGCCGAAGAAGCAGACAGAUGCGCAAGACCUUGUUUUUCAAAUCAGUCAGCGCCGCGCCGCGCGCUGCUCACGCGGCUGGGUAUCCGCAAGCCGUCCGUGUCGGGGCUCGCGCGCCCGCGGGCCGCGCGCACCUUUAGUUUGGACGAUCUCUUAAAGCCGCCGCCCGGACGGUCUCCGUCACCUCGUAAGAAACGCAAUAACUCAACCCCAACAAAGAAAAAUGCAGCAGAGAAAAAGCAAAUUUUGCAGCAACUCAUAAGCCCAGCGCCAGCUAAUGAUCAUUCAAAGAAAAUUACUAUGGGGGAAUUGAUACAGAUGUCAGAGAAAAGGACAUUAAGUACAGUAGAAAGUGCGCCAGCAUUCGUAGAAUAUGGAGUAGAUAAUAAAGAUACGUCAUUCGCUAGUGAAGCUUCAUCACCAUCCACAUCACCUUCCAUGCGACAGAUAUCGGAUCCGAAAUUAGAGAAAAAAGUAACUUUUGCGAGACUAUUAAACAAAGUUUCAGCGGAAAUGAGUUCUAGUUCAGACGUAGAUAUGGUUAAUACAAUUGCUAUACCUAUGGCAGUCAUUGCAAAUAGAACUAUUAAAGCUAAAGCUUCUAGCACACCGCCUUCGCCGGGAGUAGAAAUUAGAUCACCUCAUAGCACAUCGAGUAAUCAGGGUAGCGAUUCGAUGUCGAGCCUUGACUUGACGCUAGCAAAUACAGCUCUAAAGAAAUAUUCAAGAACACCAAAGAUUUCAAGUGCUGAUUCAAUAUUGGCCAUGUUCAGAAACUUUUCAUCGUCAGCAGCAAUUGUUUCUCGAGCGUCGUCUGGUGGUAUAUCGGCAUCUAGUACUCCGACUGCGUCCUCUCCUCAAGAUGAUACAGUUGACGCAGAUGAUAUAUCUCUAGCUUCCUCACAUAUUCCUUCUCUUGCACCGGAUUCACCCGUUUCAAGACCUCAUACUACUAUAGAAAUACAGGUUGUAGACCCUCUUAGCUCUCAUAAACCUACAUCUUCUGGUAACCUACUGCAUCCACCUUCUAUCCUUCUUGAAGUGCCUAGCAGUAUAAACAAAUGUCUUUCUCCAAUCCGUGAGCUUCCGACUCCAUUGCCUACGCCUCUUCCUACUCCUUCACCCACGCCUUUACCUUCACCGCGUAUGCCUCGUGUAAAAUUAGAGUCAGAAUUGAAAAGCGAUUCGACGAUCACAUGUAUAUCUCAAAGUGAAGAUGAAUUAGAGGAUAAAGUUGAACGACCAACAUCUGGAUUGAGAUUGAAGCUACGACAGCCAGCAUUGAGUACCGAUACACCGACGCCGUCCACUCAAGUGACUGAUUCACCAAGUCCGAGCUUCACACAUAGCCAAGAUUCUGAAAGAGAACUAUCUUCUCCUUCACCCGCUCCACCGUCCCUCAGAGUUCCUGUUCUUACCAUCGAGCGUCCAUCUCCGGGCUCUCCUCCGCCGAGGAGAACUCCACCUCAAUUAGAUUUUCAACCACCUCCUCUAAUAACAGUUACUUACAAUGCAAGCGAAGAAUCUGACGAACCUCUUUCUCCAAGGCCGCCACCACCAACAGCAAACAUGUGCUACUUAAGCCCAUUCUCAAUGUCGGCGAGAGGAGAGAGAGCUCCUUCUGAAUCAAAUUUGUCAUCAUCGGGAUACAGUUCUAUGGCGAGUCCAGGGCCUUCGAGGUGUGGAUCCAGUAAUCCUUUAUGUCCAUCUGAAAUGGAAGAUCCGGGAUCAGGAGGUGGCCCUUCUUGUUUUCAAUCACGAAGAAGGCCGUUGAUGAAAACUAACUCAAGUCCCGCGACAUCGAAUGAUGGCACAAACGAAAGACGACGAGGUCGAUCCGAUUCGGAAACUUUGUCUGACGAUCCGUUACUAGAAUCAAAUGAUGAAGGUAUAGGUACUGACGAAAGAGUAGACGACAUCCCUUCUAGUGCAAAAGAAAUGAAAACUUUAUCAGUUUUAAAGGAAUCUUUAGAGAUACCACAAACAACAUUGUGUUCGCCAAGUGGUGUUACAAAAUGUACAAUAGUGAAGUGUAUAAGUGUUGAAAGAGGUCUAGAUGAAAGGGCUAGCUUAAAACCACCAAUUCUUUUUGCUGAAUGUAGUCGUCCACUGAGUCCUGUGAGUUCGAGAAGUGAAAGUCCAUUAAGUGACAAAACUGGUCUAGGUAGGUUUUCCCCACAGUUUUAUGGGCGUCAACUACCAUUUACGGACUCGGAUGGUCUUUAUGAUUUUCCGAGUUCAGAGUGUGUUAGAGGCGGCAGUUGUAAGAGCGGAAGCAGUCCUCACAGGAAAGCUGGAAGAAGAAGAGACAGAAGGACAUCGAGGACGACAUCUCACGAACCAGCUGGAACAGCGAAAUCGACUUUGCCUCAUAUGCCGCAUUCUAUGCACAAUUUAUUAGAAGUACCUUGUUGUACCCGAGGGCGUAAAGGAGGCAGACGUAGGUCAAGAUCUCAAGCGCCGGCGCUAACUACUUCAUCGUCCUCUGAAGAGUCUGUGUCCAACGCUUCAGUAGCGUCCGUUGCAUCAGCGAGGGAACUGAGGCUGCCAGAUCUGGAUAUGCAGCCAGAGCCCACGAGACUCAAGAAACCUCUGCGGCGGCAAAAAUGCAGGAGCUCUGAGGACACGUCGUCAAAAAUUUCGUCGAGUCUGGACCUGACAGAAGAUUCGCGCAAGCCAGUCAAAGUGAGCAAGUUACGCACGAUCGGGAAUCAGAUAAGAUUCCUUCGUCGUUUAGAAAGAAGUCUAAAAAUGAGAGAAACCUACCCCGCGAUAUCAGACGACGAAGGCGACGAGUCCUCGAGUGUCACGUCGCCUCUUCUGCAAGGGAGGAAGGACCUUAGUCGCACGCCCGCGCACGCGAUAUCCGCCCCUCUCCUCAGCGCUGCAAGGCCUAAAAUAACUCGACAGAGACGUUACGAAAAGUCCCUUUUUGCCGAUGAAACUAGAACAUUUAGUGCUGCUCCGGGACACGAUAAUUCCGAUUAA